AUGUCAGAGUCAAAAGUUACUCUUACCCGGCUUGAUGCCAAGGAUCCAUCCACCACUCCAGGAAAAGCAAUUGAUAUCAUGCAACGUGAUGGUGGUGUCAUCAUCGAAGGAUUGAUAACCAGUAGCUUGGCAAGACAGAUUCAAACAGACUUGAAACCUCACUUUGACGGUGACAUCCCUGAUAAGUCAGGGUUCUUUCCGUUAACCACACACCGAGCAACUGGUUUAAUGGGCAUUUCGAAAUCUUGUAGGGAGCUUGCAUGCAGCCCACUGUACAUCGCCAUUGCAAAUUCCCUUGUUUCUUCCAGUCAUACAUUUUGGAGAGGUGACCUCCAAGAGACUCCGGGAGAUGCCCCGACGAUGAUCGGUUGUGUCACAGCCUUGACCAAGACAACCAAGGAAAACGGUGCAACUAUCACAAUUCCCGAUUCUCAUCUGUGGGGGCCAGAUCGACAGCCUUUGGAUAGUGAGGCUGUUCAUGCGGAGCUUGAACCUGGUGAUACUUUCAUCUUCUUGGGCAACACCUAUCAUGCUGGGGGCUCCAACAUCACUCAAGAUCAAUAUCGUGAGACAGUCGGAAUAUUUCUCUGCAAGCCGAUCUUGCGCCCAGCCGAAAACCAAUUUCUGAAGAUCCCACUCGAAGAGGCGAGAAAGAUGAGCCCACAAGUUCAACGAUUGAUGGGAUAUGGCGUCUGCGGUCCGGGGGUGGGCUUUUUGGAUUACCAAGAUCCCAUGAGGGUUCUCUUUGAUGUUGAAGAUGACGAAACUAUCAACAUGUGA